AUGGAAGAUAAGCGAAAUGUGCUUGUGCUUACCACUAGGCAUAAACUCAACUUCUUUGAAGUCUCCGACAGACCUGAGGCCAAAAAGAAGCCGGAAGCUAUUGUGGCUUAUAAUAAUGCAAAAACACUUUAUCGAUGUAUUCGACCAGUUGUCAUACUAUUCUACCUCGGACGGAGUAUCAAAUGGUACAGGAAGGUGGCUGUUGAGUUACUUACUGGAACAAGCUAG